AUGUCGAAACUUGCCACAGACCAUGGCGAGGCCAGCAUGCUGCCUCCGCCCUACCAUGAGCCCCCAGCCAUCCACCCGGAAGUUGGCACAGUUCCCGAGGAGAAGGCCAAUGUCGACGCGGAGAUAGCCACCAAGUCCUCUACAGCCACCGGCCAAGUAUACGACCAUGAGCAAUAUCCCCUGCCCACCGAUGAGGAGCGGGACACCCUCCGCAAGGUGCCCGACAAAAUCCCCGCCCUCGCCUACAUCCUCUGUGUUGCUGAACUGGCCGAGCGUGCCUCGUACUACGCCACGACUGGUGUGUUCAACAACUUUAUGGAGUACCCUCUCCCAGAGGGCGGAAACGGUGCUGGAGCCGUGGCCAAGUCAGACGUCAAUGGCGUACCUGGUGCACUCGGCAAGGGAGUCCAGUUUGCCUCGGCCCUGGUUCUCUUGUUCACUUUCCUCGCCUACGUGUUUCCCAUCCUCGGCGCCUGGAUAGCAGACACAAAGCUGGGCCGCUACAAGACCAUCCUCUGGGGGGCAAGCAUCGGCGCCGUGGCUCAUGUUGUCAUGGUUGGCGGGGCUGCUCCAUCCGUGCUGCAAGCUGGCAACGGCGUCGCCCCUUUCAUGAUUUCUUUCUUCAUGCUGGCGAUCGGUGCUGGUAUCUUCAAGCCAAAUGUCGCGCCGACGGUGAUUGAUCAGUAUCAGCACCAGCGCGAGUACACCAAGGUUCUGAAAUCGGGCGAGAAGGUUCUUGUGGACCCGGAGACAACGAUCCAGCGUAUCAUGGUCAUCUACUACGGCUUCAUCAACAUCGGUGCCUUUUUCGCUCUGGCUUCUACUUAUGCUGAGCGCUACGUCGGCUUCUGGUUGGCCUUCCUCCUGCCCACCGUCAUUUACGUCCUGGUCAUCGUCAUCUUCGUCGGCGUGAACAAGAAGAUCGUCAAGAAGCCACCCCUGGGAUCCGAGCUGAAUGAUUUCUUCAAGAUAACAUGGAUCUGCUGCAAGGAGAACAAGUUCAUGGUCUGGAAGAAGGACUUCUGGGACGCGGCGCGCCCGGCUGUCUUGGCAGAGAAAGGAAGGACUGUGAACUGGAACAACCACCUGGUUACCGACGUAGGCCGCACCUGGGCAGCCUGUCAGGUCUUCCUCUACAUCCCCAUCUAUCAGCUCAACGACGGCGGCAUCGGCGCUGCCGGUUCCAACCUGGCAGGCUCGAUGACUCUGAACGGCGCGCCCAAUGACCUCCUGUCCAACUUCAACGCGCUGACCAUCAUCAUCUUCACCCCAAUCAUGGCCUACGGAGUCUAUCCGUUCCUCGCCAAGAGAAACAUCAGAUUCGGCCGCAUCAAGCGCAUGACCAUCGGCUUCAUCAUCGCCGCCACCUCGGGCAUCUGCGGCGGGCUCGCACAGCUGUACGUGUACCGCACCUCUCCCUGCGGCCACCUGGCUUCUGCGUGCGACGACGUCUCGCCCAUAUCUGUCUGGUGGGAGCUGCCCAUGAUCGUCCUCGGCGCCGUCUCCGAGAUCUUGGUCAACGUCACCUCCUACGAGCUGGCGUACUCCCGUGCGCCCGGGAACAUGAAGUCUGUGGUCUUCUCGAUCUGUCUCUUCAUGACGGCGCUGUACGCCGCCGCCGGCGAGGUCCUGACGCCCGUGAUCAACGACCCGUACCUUGUUUGGGUCUGGUUCGGCCCAGCCAUCGUGCUCUUCGCCCAGACCGCCAUCUUCUGGAUCCGACACCGAGACAUCGACGAGGAUGCAUAUAUGACCUACGACAACGAAUCAGAUUUGGAGGUGGAGGCCGUGGGCAGUAGGGACGGGCAUGAUGCCAUGGUUUUGGGGGAGAAGGCGCCUUCUUCGGAGAAAAGUUAA